GUUUAUCCUAUCCUCAUUGAUUUGAUUGGAGUGGACAAAAUAAUAGGAACACCUGCCAACAUAGUGCAGCACAAAUUGCAGCCUCCAAAACUAUCAUAUAGUUGAAAUAACACCUCUUUAACAUAGUUUCAACAAAAACGGAACAUUAUAACUUCGAUGUAGGAAAGAUUUGUUGCAUGACUACUGUUGUAUUGUGAACGCUGUAUUAGUUUUAGCUGGAUCAGAGAUGCUCUCUAACAACAACUUUCUGAGCUGUCUCUGGCAGCUGAUUCUGAUCCCGGGUUAUUCCCGAAAGGUCUCGCGAUGGGAGGUGCAGUAGGUUUGCAGUCGACUGCGGUGCUGCGAAAACAAAGUCAGAGUGGGAGCUCUUUCUUCACACACUCUCCUUUCAUCCGUCGUUGACGUUUCCUCUUCCAACCGGUCAGUGUGCUGUUGGUAGCUGGUAGGGAGCUAGCUACGAAGCUAACCCGCCGAGCUGCCUCCUCCGCCUCUGAAGGCAGCUGUACGGAACCCGUGAAUGAACCCUGCACCUCAAUGCAUCUCCAGUGGCCGCGAUGGCAGCGACAGAAACGGAGGAUGCUGAAGCUGUUUGGUGCACUGGUUAUCCUCGGACUGGCCCUGGCGUGCAUCACCUCCUGGGUGUUGGACAGCUAUGACACGGCUUGGCACCCGAAGCGGAGUGUUCGGCACCCGAAUGCCGGUGAUGGAGAUGUGUCUAAGGGGAGUUCACCACCAUUUCCCGGCGGCGAGUUGAACAAUAUAUUUUGGUUUUUACAGGUGUCUGACAUUCACAUAAGCCGAUUUCAUGACCCAAGACGCAUUCCUGAUUUUGAAAAGUUCUGCACAGACACCAUUGAAGUGAUCAAGCCAGCUCUAGUGCUUGCAACAGGGGACCUGACAGAUGCUAAAACAGAGAGUAAGGUGGGUUCCCUCCAGCAUGAGGUGGAGUGGCAGGCCUACCACAACAUACUGAAGAGGUCCCGCGUGAUGGAGCGCACUCGGUGGAUAGACAUCCGUGGGAAUCAUGAUGCCUUCAACAUAAUGUCAUUGGACAGUGUCAACAAUUAUUACCGGAAAUACUCGGCUAAUCAGAAAGUAGGCUCCUUCCACUAUGUUCACAAAACUCCCUUUGGCAAUUACUCCUUUGUCUGCGCGGAUGCCACGCUGACUCCAGGCCCCAAGAGACCGUACAAUUUCUUUGGUAUUCUCAACCAGACUCAAAUGGACUUGCUGGACACGUUCAGAGUUGAGAGUCUGAAAAGCAACCAGUCCAUCUGGUUUGGCCACUACACAACCUCAACUGUUGUCUCCCCUUCUCCUGGGGUUCGAGACAUGAUGAGAUCUGCAGUUGCCUAUCUCUGUGGCCACCUGCACACAUUGGGCGGCUUGAUGCCUGUCCUCCACAGCAGACACCCCCAAGGCACCCUGGAGCUGGAGCUUGGUGACUGGAUGGAUAACCGCAGGUACAGGGUUCUGGCCUUUGAUCAUGACCUGCUGAGCUUCUCUGACCUGAGGUUUGAGCAGUGGCCUGCAGUGCUCAUCACCAACCCCAAGGACGCACAGUACCUGCAUCCAGGAGUGGAGCCGCUGGGUCGGAUACGGAGAUCGACACACAUCAGGAUCUUGGCCUUCUCAGAGGCUCAAAUCACAGCAGUGCAUGUGAGCGUCGAUGGGGAACCUCUGGGGAAAGGCCACUCUGCUGGAGGUCCUCUGUACGUUCUGCUAUGGGAUCCAUCUCUCUACCUCACUGGACUGCACACUAUCAGAGUUAAAGUGGAGGACUCAGCAGGCCGGUCGACAGUGCGGGAGCAGCACUUCACUCUGGAGGAUGACCUGACUCCCAGCUUUGGUUUUGUGCAGUCCUUCAUCCUCCUCACAGACCACUACAUCCUGGGUCGAGUGGCCUUCAUAUUCAUGAUGCUGCUGAAUGUUGGUGUGCUGCUGGCCUUUAGGUUCCUGCGUGUUCCCUCUGGCAGAGGAUUGACAUCUCAAGCGUGUAUGUCGCUCCAUCUCGUCAGUAAAAUGGACACUUUCUACUACUCUCUGCUACUGUUCAACCUGUGUACAGCCUUAGGUCCGUGGUUUAUAGGAGAAUUGAUAGAUGGCCAUAGCGGUGCCUGCUUUGCCUUUGGGGUUUUCAUAGAUGGUCACUUCCUGGAGGGCAGUCUCACUUAUGUUGUUGGAGUUGUUCAACUGCUGUUCUUCAACAUGCCCCUCACUUCUUACCUCUGCUGGAGCCUCCACCACCGUUGCCGCGGCAACACCUUCCGAUCCCACUUCCUGCGGCCGGGCUGCCGCUGGCGAACUCUGGCGGUUCACCUCUUCAUGCUGCUGCUGCUCACCUGGCAGGCCCAUUCCUGCUACUUUCUCCUGGAGACCUACGGCCCCAUGGCCUUUUUCCUGUCUCCUGUCCGCACGUGGGCAUUAGGGCUCAGUCUGCUAUUGGUGUACCGCGCCUGGACAGGCCCUGCCCCUCAUAUUCGUGACAACAGCAAGAGCGUCUCCUCCUCUUGACAGUAAUUGCACUGUACCACCACGAUUUCCCUUGAGCCUGACUCACAGAUAUAUUUUGCUGUCUCUAUCCACCCUGAAAGCCUCAAUUUUCCCCGCACAGAAGCUCCCUCCUUUGUUUCGCUCCUUCCACAGCCACUUCACAGUACAUCACACACUAUCCUGUUUCUAGAUAGUAUUGUUUACUUAAUAUGCAUGUUAUUGUAAAGCACCGGUGAGCACAUUUCUGGCCAUAUUCAUAGCAAUGUGUACAGUGUUAAAAAAACAAAAACACCUUGGAUACAUUAAGGAUUAAAUAGCCUGUCGGAGCUAUUACAGGACUAGUCCAGUGUAUGCUGCAGUUGACAGUAUACUGUACAAGAGCUGUAUUCUGCUGUGGUUUAAGCUGACUCAUUUAUUUGAGCUUUAGCACUUUUCUGGAAGUGUUGCCUUGGCCGAAUGCUACUUCACCACUGCCAAAGGAUGAAUAAGAAAGAUUUCAUCUUUUAUUCUUCCCUCUGAAAACCAUUUUCAUUCACUAAUGAAGGCUGGAUGUGCCAAACCGAUCCUUGAGUUUACCUUCCGACAGACAAAUCAUGUGGAUAAUAAAGGUGUACGCCUCAUUUUAUACACCGCAAGCUUUUCCUAACUUCCCAUGGCUGACAGAGUGGUAGUUACUUUGGUGGAGAUGACAUACUGUAAGUAAUGCAACCUAGACAAAGAUAUUUUUAAGUUCUACACACAAUCACAGGAAAUCAAAGGAAGGAAAUUAUAAACCAAUCAAGUGCUGUAGUUGAGCUGUGUACAAGUAGAUAAUGAUUGAAAGUGUUUUUAAAUCAAAUUAAUUCCAUUGCACACAACUGCCACUAAAAACUUCUAAAUAUUCGCAUUGGAAUAUUCAUAUCAAAAAACUUCAAUGCCACUUUUCACCAAAACGCAGAGAAGCCGGCCUGACUCUUCAUGCUCCUUCAAACGUGACUACAGAAAGCAGCUGUUUGUUUCUCAGGAAUGUGAGCACUUGAACAAUAGGCUGGUCCCAGUAGUAUUUCAGGACAAUGUUUUUAUACUCCAUAGUAGCUCAGUGAACUCAAAAACCAUGUUUAAAAAUUCCAGUUGUGUGGUGGCUAAAAAAAAAACAAAAAAAAAACAAAAUGAAUGUGUUAUAGAUGUGAUGAAAUGAGAUGAAUCGGUACUAAGCUGUUUUUAUUUAUUCAUUCUGAUUGUAUUGUGUGAUUUCUUAAUUUUUCCCUUGUUAUAAAACUGCACUGGAAAGGAAAUUCUUUAACCCCCCCCCCCCCCAUGGUGAGUGUGGUUAGGAAGAUAUAAGGGCAUUCCCUGCAUUGGGAGCUAACCUGACAGCCUUUCACUCGCGUGAAAACGUGUUUGUCUAUAUUGUUCAGAAUGUGAAUCCCUUUUUUUGUGAAUGUGUGUGAAAGCAGUAAAGUGUGUCUGUUGCACUCUAAAUUUAAUCCUUUCCAGCCAGUAGUAGCAGGUGCCUGGAUUCCACGAGAACAAACUGAUCUAAAAAAGAACAUAUAUAGGGUGAAGACCACAUUUAUCAAGUCUUUUAAUAGAAGCAAUGUUCCAGCAGCGUUGGAUCCACGUGUUUUUUUUUCUUUUUUUUUCAAACCAUACCAGUGUGAGUGCAGAAUAAUUGCUCAGUGCUGUUAUAAGGCAUGCAGUUUAAUAUUAGAACACCUGCCAGACACUGGGAAAAUGAAAUUAUGUGCACUCAGGCUGACAAUGGUUUAAUAACGUCUUUCCUCUCUGUGUAGACAAGUCUUUAUCAUUUGCACUACCAAGUGUAUAAUUCCAGCAGAAAGACUGGUGUUUUCAUUUUAUGGACUUCUGUUUGUGGAGAGGUCUUCCUUCACAGUGCUCAGCACCUCUCACAAGCUUUGUUGUUUGUCCACAAGGAGGCAGUAUUGAAUGGAUUUAGAGGAUAAUGGUUGAUGACUGGGUUGGGUGACCGCCUCCCAAGUUAUGCAUGGUACUAAUUUUUUUUUUUUUUUUUUUUUAAAUCACCUAAAGUUCCAUAGUUUAUCCACACUCGCUGAUUAUGGUUUAUAAAUGUGGUUGUGAUUAUUCUGUACUGUACAUCAAACUGACCGUUCACAAGAAAACAUCGUCCCCACCACCGUUGCGUCUCCGAGAAGGAAUAUACUGUAAGUGAUGUACUGGUGUUCACUUGACUUAUUCUGCAUCCCCUCCUCUGUUCACAUACUUAAGUAUAUGAAUUAGGAUGAUGAUUUUACACCUGCCACAUAUUUUUCUUGUGACAACUGAUCUUAGAGCCAACCACAAUUUUAUUUUAUUAAUGGUUUAUAGUGCUGUGGAAUAAAAAUGUUCAUUACAGUAAAUCAUA